UAGGGUUUUAACAAUCUUUCUCCAAAAAUCCCCAAUUUUGUUUGACCAAAAUCAUGUCUCUCCGUUCAAUUUCUCGGAUCCUAUCAUCCCCAAAUCGCUUCCUAAACCCCCAAUUCUCGACCAUUAGAUUCGCUAUCACUUCAUCCGCGGACAAAAUCUUCGAUCACCUGAACAAAAAUGGCGGCAACAUAGAGAAAACCCUAGCCACAAUCAAGCCCAAACUGGAUCCCAAAUUCGUGAGCGACGUCUUAUUCAAAUGCCAUCCGAGCCAAUCUCAAAUGGGUAUCAGGUUUUUCAUCUGGGCUGGUCUCCAAUCGGAUUAUAGACACUCUUAUUUUAUGUAUGGAAAAGCUUGUAAAUUGUUUGAAAUUAGUCAAAAUCCUAAACUUAUUUCUGAUAUUAUUGAGGCUUAUAGGGAUGAGAAGUGUUUUGUUACUGUUAAAACGUUUAAGGUUGUUUUGAAUUUGUGUAAAGAAGCCAAACUAGCUGAUGAGGCCUUGUGGGUGUUGAGGAAAAUGCCUGAAUUUAACUUAUUUCCUGAUACAACAAUGUAUAAUUCUGUUAUAAGGUUGUUUUGUUUGAAGGGUGAUAUGAAUACUGCUGAGAGUUUGAUGAAAGAGAUGGGGUUGGUUGAUCUUUAUCCGGAUAUGAUCACGUAUGUAGAAAUGGUUAAAGGGUUUUGCAAUGUGGGUCGGUUGGAUGAUGCUUUUGGGUUGUUUAAGGUUGUGAAAGAACUGGAUUGUGGAAAUAAUACGGUUUUAUGCUCGGCUCUGCUUGAUGGGGUAUGUAAGAGUGGGGAUAUGGAGAGAGCUUUGGAGUUGUUAGAGGAGAUGGAGAAAGGAGGUGGGGAAGUUAGUCCCAAUGUAGUGGCGUACACGUCGGUUAUCCAGAGGUUUUGUGAGAAAGGUCGGACGUCAGAGGCAUUGGAGGUUCUGGAUCGAAUGGAAGCUUGGGGUUGCUUUCCGAAUCGUGUUACAGUUAGUUGUUUGAUUGAGCGGUUUUGUGCAGAGGGUCGAGUUGAGGAGGUUUCUAAGUUGAUUGAUAGGGUUGUCAAAGGGGGUGUCUCUUAUGAUGAAUGUUGUAGUUCUUUUGUGGUGUCUCUGAAAAGAACUGGGCAAUUUGAGGAGGCUGAGAAAGUGUUUCGGAAGAUGAUAAAUAAUGGGUUGAAACCAGAUAGUUUGGCGUGUACCAUUGUUAUAAAGGAGCUUUGUUUGAUUGGGAGAGUCUUGGAUGGAUAUCAGUUGUGUGAUGAGAUUGAGAAGAUCGGCUUCUGGUCUUCCAUUGAUUCUGAUGUUUACUCACUUCUUAUAGUGGGGCUUUGCCAACAGGGACAUUUGGUUGAGGCUGCAAAUCUUGUGAGUUUAAUGCUCAAGAAAGGAAUUCAACUGAGCGCUCCUUAUGUUGACAGGAUAGUUGAAAUCCUAAAGAAAUCCGGAGAUGAGGAGCUUAUUCACCAUUUAACCAGGAUUUGUAGGUGACCCUUAAAAAUGUUACGUUUCUUCUGUUUGGAGAGCUCUUAUCUGAUGAUUUGGAAACAGAUAGCAAUUACUUAUCGAGCUGAGUUUCUCAAUUCAUUUCACUGACGCAAACAUAAAGAACAUGUUCUUGUUUCAAUUGUAAACAAAGUAUGAAUCUUUGAAUUCGAAGUGAAUGGCGGCACUUACUCAUCCAGGUUUAUUUCGAAGAA